AUGGCAGUCGAAACACCAGCAACAGCAACCUCUACCAAGACCAUGAACCCAGAUGUGGCCAUGGCACAUGAAGAGAGGGUCAACGCUGAUCCUCCGUCGCACAAUGAAACCUUUGUUGACUUCCAGGCCUACGAGACACGAAAAAUCGAUCUGAGAACUGUCUUAGGGCUGUUGGGUAUUUCAGGUGGGUUGCAGCAACUGGCAUAUGCAGCAGCAAACGAGAUCGUUCCAAAGAAGAACCGUGGGCAGACGAUGGCUCUCAUGACUCUUGUUUCCCUACCCGGGUCAGCUUUCGGAGCCCCAAUUGCAUACCGCAUCAUCACUGUAGCCUCAUGGCGAUGGACAUACUACGUGGCUCUAAUUGUCAAUACUCUUGCCUUUAUUCUUAUUCUCGUCUUAUACUGGCCUCCAAACUUUGUGGGACUUCACCCUGAAGGUAAGACAAGGUACCAGCAAUUUUUGGAGCUAGAUUUCUUGGGCCUACUGCUAUUUGGAGGCGGCUUGACUGUCUUUCUUAUCGGUGUCGGUUUUGGGGGCAACCCCUACCCGUGGACGAGUGCAAUCGUCUUAAGCACCACCAUCAUUGGCGGCGUUUCCGUGUUCGUGGCAUUCCCAAUCUGGGAGGUUUACUGCCCAGAUACAGUCACAAAACUCUGUCCUCCUACACUUAUGCGAAAUGUUAGGGCUGUCGUCGUGCCCAUAGCAGUGUCUUUCGUUUCAGGGAUGGCUCUUAUGAGUACGGGCAUUCUGUGGCCACAGCAAAUCCAACGUCUCUUUACCACCGUCCCAAAGACCAUCGGCUGGUAUGCCUUGGCUGCCAAUGGAUGUGCGACAAUUGGAUUUGUCAUGAUUGGUCAAACAUUCGCGAGUGUGCGAAAAACCAGAUGGCAGUACAUUUUCGUUGUUGUAAUGAUGGCAAUCUUCCUGGGACUGAACGCAACAGUCAACCAAAACACCCCCGCGCGGGCAAUCGUCUUUGUGGGUCUCGCCAACGUCAUGAUCGGAGCGACGAACUGUAUCAGUGUUUUAAUAGUCCAACUUGGUGCUCGUGAUGAAGACAUUGGACUUGCGACAGGGUUGGUCAACUCCGUUCGGGGAAUUGGCGGUGCGGUAGGCGUUGCAGUCUACUCCAGCCUGUUGGCAAAUCGGGUCGCCAGUACAUAUGGCCCUACCAUUAGCAGCGCGCUCCUUGCAGCUGGUUUGCCGGAUUCUUCGCUGACGGAUUUCCUCACUGGACUCCCGACAGGCAACAUUAUGAAUGUUCCUGGCGUUACUCCGUUGAUCAUCGACGCAGGCUUAGAGGCACAGAAAAAUGUAUUUGUGGGUGCUUUCAGGCUUAUUUACUGCGUGACGGUGGCCUUUGGUGGGCUUGCAAUCAUAGGCUCGGUCUUCGUCGCGAGCGUGGACGAUAAACUCACUCAGCAGGUCAAUGUUCAGCUUGACCGACCACAUCUCAUUGGCCAUGGGAAUGGCGAGGCUAUGGUAUUACGCGAGAAAGAGUAG